AUGUGUGGUAAAAACAGUGGUCUGGUGACCAGAAUACUUGAACUUAAUCCAAACGCAUCAUGGACUCACUGCAACCUUCACAGAGCAGCGUUAGUAUCAAAAUGUACAUCUGAUGAUUUUAAAAAUGUUUUGAACACUUCCAUUAAAAUAGUGAACUUAAAGUCAAAGCCAUUGCAAUCGCGCUUAUUUGAGAAGUUGUGCGAAGAAAUGGGAAGCAAUCAUAAAUCACUUCUUCUGCACACAGAAGUACGUUGGCUCUCGAAGGGUAAAGUGCUAACAAGACUUACAGAACUCCGCGAAGAAGUUGCUAUAUUUCUGGAAGGUAAAAGCGGAAAUUAUGACUGUUUUGAAACAUUUCAAACCUUUGUAAUGGAGAAUGAAGCAAAAGUUGAUGACGAUAUAAUCAUUGAGAUAUCUGAACUCAAAACUCUCUUUCAGCUUAUUCAAGUGUUUUAUUUCCUUGAAGAAAUGAAAAAUAUCCAAGAGAAAAAAUGGAUUAUGAACACCUUUGAGCCUGAUAUAACGAGUGGGAUAUCGACAAAAGCUGAGGAAGAACUUUUUGAUUUAUCUGAGGACGCUUUGUUAGAAAUGAACUUUAACAGCAGAAAACUGAUGCAGUUCUGGGUGUCUUUUCGAAAACCGUACUCAAUCCUUUCCACUGAAGCUUUAAAGGUACUUCUCUCUUUCUCAUCGUCAUAUCAUUUUGAAGUUGGAUUUUUAGCAAUGGUAGGAAUCAAAAACAAAUUCCGAAAUAAACUUCAAUUGUCAAAUUCCUUACGCCUGAAACUAACCUACAUUGAUGUUGAUGUCAAUGCCAUUCUUGACAGUAACAAGAAACAAGCACAUCCUUCACACACGCCUCGUUGUUAA